CUUCUUCGUACUACACAUACCAAUUUUAAAAGAGAGAUUCAAAGACUAUGACGUUGGACAGUUCAAGUACCUCACAGUUUGGAACCUGAUAUGGUUUGAUAGACACACUUGCGUGUAUGUAUAUAACAGCACCCCUGUGUGAUCGAUUGAAGAUUGGCAAAAAACAAUAAAGUAUAUAAUAUAUAUCACGGGAUGCGUGAAAAGUUGCUCGUGGUUUUUCACGCGGCUGCGUUCGCGCAGUUCUUCUUCGCUGUGUACUACGACUACACGUACACCCGCGUACCAGUGCAAAUUGGAAAGGUUCACAAUGCGUACGGAGGAAAAUUCAAGUUUCUCACCUUCUGGAACGCGAUUGCACAGACGAUAUUUUUCCUACUAUGCAUGCUCAACGAUAUAUUCGGUACGAACAGCGUCAAUCCGAAAAAGAGGCCGUUCAUACGCCAAUUCAAGGACUACUUCUACGCGGCCAUUGGUUAUCCAGUGUCUAUGGUAAGCCAGCAACUUCUGAUGUUCAUCGAUCGUGAACUGGUGCUGCCCAAAGCCCUGGACCCCUACUUCCCCUGGUGGCUGAAUCACUUGAUGCACACGAUGAUUAUGAUCACGACUGUUCUGGAAAUGCUGAUGGCGCCACGGCAAUAUCCCAAACGCUCGAAAGGCCUCGGUGGCCUCGCCUUCUUCAUGCUCGCUUACUUGUCCUGGAUGCACUUUGUGUGGUACAAGAGCGGAGUCUGGGCGUACCCGAUCAUCGAAAUUCUUACGGUGCCGCUCAGGGUCGCCUUUUACCUGACGAUCCUCACCCUCGUGACUGGCCUGUACUUUAUCGGGGAAACCGUCGACCGGCUGAUUUGGGGGAAAAUUGCGAAAAGUGUGGAAAAGAGCGGCAAGAAGAAAAAGUAAAAACUAUACAGACAUGUUAGAGAAUAUCAUUGCCUAAUUGUUCUCUUAAACCGUAAAGGCCCUAAGCAUUGAAGAUUACGAACAAUCGAGUACAUUCCGAUGUCUUUCCCCUAAUUAAUUUUCUCAUUAUAAUCCUUGUGAGCUUCGAGUUUCGGUGAACGAUAUACUUUUUUUUACUUUUGUAAUUUUCAAAGGCUUGACAAAAAAAGCACGAGUAGAACAUUUUUUGCUACGAGAGUUGAAUCAACUAACAUUUGAAAGUGUACUGUAGUUAAUAGCGUAGGGUCAAAAGUUAUAUAGGAAAUAUUUUAGACUCUUGUUCGAUAGAGUAAAAAAAAAAAUAGCUGUCUCUAAUGUUCUUAGCAUUUUCGUCCCUUAAAUCGGAGUUAAACAUCGAACUUUUUGGUCUGGAUAGAAAAAUGUAUGUUUGUUCAUUAUAUUGGAUUUUAUAAGUCAAAAAGGUUAUAAAGUUGUCAAGUAAAUUGUACUUGGUACAUGUUAUUUUUACGAAUAAUUUAAGGAGGUUCAAUAGUCGUCUCAAAUAACAGAGAAAGUAGUAAAACUUAUAACAAUAACUUUAGAAUAUCUGGAAACUGUAUGGAUUUUUCAAUAUUUUUUGUUUUUACUACAAAUUUUUUUAUAAAUGAACGAGACUAAAAUUAAUUGUUGUCCUUAAUAGCUUGUAUUACGAAAAUUUGUGGUGCAAAAUAUUUAAAAAAUGUACAGCUACCUGACACUCUAAGUAGUUAUUAUUGAAAGUUUCACUGCAUUAAACCUCCUUAAUUAACAACUCAACCAUGUACAAAUAAGAUUGAACCAAGUAACUAUUCAUCGUAAAUACAUAUAUUUACCUUACAUAAAUAUUAAUCUCGUAAAUUUUUGUACAACUACUGCAUAAUAUCAAUUUGUCUACACACAAGUUGUUGUGAAAAAUAAUAGAAGCGAUAAUUUCGUCCUGAACGUGAGAUGUUGGCUUUAUUUCAUACCAUUUUAAAAGUAAUAUAUGAGAAUCUAAAUUAAAAAAUUAUAUAAUUUGAUUCUACAUAGCCAAUUGUAGCUGAGGAGCGAUGAAAACUUUGUAUUAUUACAAACUACGAAAGAACAUGCACUUGGACAAUUGAUUGAAAUAACAGCCCAACGUUUCAUUCUCACACCUGUACGUGCCUAAGAUGAUAUUAUUGUAUACUUGUGAAGGAAUAUUUUGCACCAGCGUUUGUUCAUACUUUUGAUAGAAUAAAUAUAUUGUCUUGUUGCGUUUGCUAUGUUAUAGUAAAUAAAAUAUUGUUUAUAAGAAGUUUAUAUUUCACUAGAAUACUCAGACGCAUAAUACGAAUAAACAAAAAGCCAAACACUAUUGUAAAACAAAAAUAUUAAACGUUGAGAUGUGUAAACCUCCCACAUAAUUUAUUUGUACUGUGUAAUUUAUAUUUUAUUAGAACUGUUGUUAUUUGUCACGAAUCGAAACAAGGUGAAUUGAGAAAAAUAAAAAUGCUGAGUUUAAAAAAAA